ACCAAGCGCAUGGUCCACAUAUUCAGAUUCAGGCCCAAUACCACAUGUAGCAUCUUAACAUCUUACUUUGUAGAUUGCAUAGCCUCAACAAGGAGCUGAAUCUUCUUUCAAAAUCAUGAAUUUCCCGCAAAAAUAAACCCCUUUGUAUUUCUUUCACAAAACCCAUGAUCAUCAGAUUAUAUUCUCGUUACAGAACACGGGUAACGACCAAUUUGCUAUCAACCCCUUCUCUGAAUCAUUGCUCACAAUGUGGGUUUUCUUCACCCCUAUCCACCUCCACCCAAUUGACUCAACAACAAGUAAAUUGCAUCCCACAAAUCCCCAAUUUGGAUGCUCAUACAGGUGCCCGAUUUCUCCAAAAUUGCAUCAUCAAUGGCGACUUAGCUUCAGGAAAGACCCUUCAUUGUCACUUCUUGAAAACCGGUGGUGGGUUGGACUUGUUUGGGUGGAAUAUACUCUUGAAUUUGUACGUAAAGUCGGAGCUUUUAUCGGAUGCACGUAACCUGUUCGACGAAAUGCCUAGCAGAAAUACAGUUUCUUUUGUUACAUUAAUUCAAGGGUUUUCAGAGUUCCCAGAUGUUGAAUCUGUUAAAUUGUUUGUCCGGUUACAUCGAGAAGGUCACGAGCUUAACGCGUAUGUUUUCACUACCGUUUUGAAGCUACUUGUGAACAUGGAGUGUGGUGAGUUAGCUGCAAAUGUUCAUGGGAUAAUUUAUAAACUAGGUCAUUGUUCUAAUGCUUUUGUUGGCACUGCACUUCUUGAUGCUUAUUCAUCUUGCGGGUGUGUUCGUAUGGCAAGAGACGUUUUCGAUUGUAUUUCUUGUAAGGACAUGGUAUCAUGGACCGGGAUGAUUACAUGUUACGCUGAAAACGGUUGUUUUAAAGAUGCAUUCUGUUUCUUUUCUCAAAUGCGCAUGCUUGGGUUUAAUCCUAACAACUUCACACUUGCUAGUUUGUUCAAGGCUUGUCUUGGCCUUGAGGAAAUCGAAGUGGGUAAGAGCGUUCACGCAUGCGUUAUCAAAACUUGCUACGAGACCGAUCCGUACGUCAGUGUUUCAUUGCUUGAUCUAUACACCAAGUCGAGCGACAUUGAAGCUGCACGCCGUGUGUUUGAAGAAAUACCAAAAAAAGACGUGAUCCCUUGGAGUUUCAUGAUUGCGCGAUAUUCUCAGAGUGACCGAUGCGAAGAGGCCGUGAGACUAUUUUGUAGAAUGAGACGGGAACCCGCUGUUCCUAACCAGUUUACUUUUGCUAGCGUCUUGCAAGCGUGUGCAACAAUGGGGAAUUUAACCUUGGGGAAGCAGAUUCAUUGUCACGUACAAAAGGUCGGUCUUGAUUUGUUUGUACAUGUAUCAAAUGCUCUUAUGGAUGUUUAUGCUAAAUGUGGAUUAAUAAACAACUCGAUCGAACUGUUUAGAGAAUCAGAGAACAAGAAUGAGGUGUCGUGGAACACACUGAUUGUCGGUUAUGUGAAUUUACGGAAUUGGGAUAUGGCACUAACUCUAUUCUCCGAUAUGCUAAACGAUCACGUUCAGUUAACCGAGGUGACAUACUCGAGUGUUCUUUGUGCUUGUGCUAACUUAACGGUUUUAGAAACAGGAGCUCAGAUACAUUCUUUAACAAUCAAAACCCUAUUUGAAAACAAUGUCAUAGUCGCGAACGCUUUAAUAGACAUGUACGCCAAAUGCGGCAACAUUAAGCAUGCCCGUUUAGCGUUCAACAUGAUUCGCCAGAAAGACGUGGUGUCAUGGAAUGCAAUGAUUUCCGGUUAUUCCAUGCAUGGUCUCGGUAAUGAGGCUCUGCAUAUGUUUAACAUGAUGCGUAAAACAAACGUCAAACCCGACCAGUUAACAUUUGUCGGUGUCCUUUCGGCAUGCAGCAACGUAGGGUUGUUAAACGAAGGAGAAGCGUAUUUUACUUCCAUGGUUAAUGAUUAUUCUAUCGAACCGUGUAUGGAGCAUUAUACGUGUAUGGUAUCACUCUUCGGGAAACUCGGUCAACUAGUCAAAGCGGUGGAUUUAAUUAAUCAAAUUCCCGGUGAACCGAGUGUAAUGGUGUGGCGCGCUUUACUUGGAGCAUGUGUGAUCCACAAAGAUCUUGAAUUGGGUGAAUUAUCCGCUAAACGUGUUCUUGAAUUGGAACCGCAAGAUGAGUCAACGUACGUGCUACUGUCAAACAUGUACGCCAGUGCAAAACGGUGGGACAAUGUAGCGUUGGUUAGGAAAAAUAUGAAGCGGAAACGAGUGAAAAAGGAGCCCGGUCUUAGUUGGAUUGAGAAUCAGGGUAUAGUUCAUUAUUUUACAGUCGGUGAUUCUUCACAUGAAGAUAUUAGAUUAAUCUACGGGAUGUUGGAGUGGUUGAAUUUGAAAGUCAAGAAAGCGGGUUAUGUAUGUAAUGCUGAUGUCAUAUUACUCGACGUAGAAGAUGAUGAGAAAGCGCGGUUAUUGUGGGUGCAUAGUGAGAGGUUAGCUUUAGCGUUCGGGUUAGUUAGUACACCGUCAGGAUGCCCGAUUCGUAUUAUGAAAAAUCUUAGAAUAUGUUUGGACUGCCAUGUUGUCUUCAAGUUUAUAUCGAAGAUUGUGAAGCGGGAAAUUGUUGUUAGAGAUAUAAAUCGGUUUCAUCACUUUGAAGAUGGGGUUUGCUCUUGUGGCGAUUAUUGGUGAAUCCACAAGCAUGUAAAAUUAUGUUACUUUAUGAAUGAUUAUUCUGGCAUUGAUGUCUUGUGGGAAAUUUUCCUUUGUUGAAGAAGGUAGCAAAACUUGUUCUGUGUCGUCUGUGAUAGGGAUGUUUACGGUCCGGUUUGGUCGGCUAGAUAAUGUAAACCAAACCGGCUGGGUUGGUUUGGUUGGCCAAAAGGGUUUAGUUUUGGCGGUUUGGAUUGGAUUUUUAAGUUUUCAUUUUUUUCUAAAUCUGUAUAGAAUCGUUAAAAAUCAA